AUGAUUUUUCUUAAUAUUUUUAGUUCAGUAUUUUUUUUAUUCGUCCAUCUUGCAACAAUUUUGUACUGUGUUACACAGGCACAAUUGUCUCAAUUUGAUAUACAGUCAGUAAAUAUAAGCCGAAGUGAGGUUGAUCUGUUCUACAUAAACGUUCGCAACACCGGUUCUUGUGAGAGUUUGCAAAAUAUUGCAACAGAGGAAAUUGGCGCAACUUGCAGAAUUUACUCCACUCGUGAUGGACUGUGUUCUUUGCAAUGCAGCUGCUUGGGGAAUACUUCAAAUUUCAUUGUGAGUAAAAGGAAUUGUGUUGAUGAACGACGUUUUAGAGAAGGUUGCGAUUAUGUGUUUGGCUCGUGGACAUGGAAAAAUGGCUGGAAAUGGGACACAAACGAGGACCAACUGCCAAUCGUUAAUAUCGGUUCUCAUGGAAUAACCACAGCGAUAAAUGCCUCUGCAUGGGUGUCUGACAAGUGCGCGGUAUCUUCGAUUGACAAGUACAGUGCAAGAGGACUGUGGGAGACGUUAGAGCCAGUUGUUUUUCAAACAAACAAUGUCGUGUUUUUCAAGCUACAAGGAAUGUGGCACUUCACUUGGAUUUUUUCCGAACUUAAUUCAAGUAGAAAGGAGAUUGAAGGCAGAUAUAUUCGCGUGAACAUAAGAUGUAGCGAGGACAAUACGAUCGAUGGCUUCAUUGUUUCAAACGAUGUUUCUUCUUGCACGGUUUUAAAGAUAACUGGUAAUAGAACACAUCGAUAUGCAUCAAACCAAACGACCGAUUUUCCCACAUCUGAAACGGAUACAAAUGGUGAAGACUUAUUCUCCAAUAAACUGGUUUUAAUCGGCUUCAUUGCAGGAGGAGUUCUUCUUCUUUUGCUGGUCGUUGUAACAGCAGUGUAUUGCAUUCAUGGUAAAAAGUUUUGUCUAAAAUCCAAGACUGCAGUCGCCAGUGAGAUUGCUGAUAAAUACAGCUGCAAUGUGAACAACGGUGAGAUGGUAGAACAUGUGUAGUCCUCUCUCUCUAUAUAUAUAGCUCAGUUCUUGAGAGCACGUCACUUCUGGUCGCCUAGACAACGCCUUGGCAAUUUUUUCAUGCGUCGUUUCCAGGCCUUUAUAGUAGACGCACCUACAGCACUAUUUGACAAAAACAAAUAGCGGGUGACACCUCUUAUGGUAAUGAAUAAGUACAACGUAAGGUUGUCACUGAGACAAGGAAGUUGAAACACAAUAUUGGCAGUGUUUGCUUUUCAUAAGGAUACUGUAUACAAUAGAUCUUAUUCAACUUGAAUAAUCACGGAAAAUACGCAUUGUAACAUAAAGUUCAUAACGUAGGGAAAAGCAGAUUUUAAUACAUCGCCGAGGUUCACUUGGAUGAUGUGCGAAAACGGUCUAACUAGCACUGAAGUAAAUUUUUAGCUCAAUAUAGACAUGCAGUAAUCUUGAAAUAAAUUUAUAAUGUGUGAAUAUAUAAUGUUG